AAUGAAGCAGCUCAUUAGCAAGCAAACCAUCGAUAAAUUGUCAAAACUCAAAAGUAGUAGCAGAAUUCUCCUUGUGUGUCGUCCUUCUCUGUCGAAAGCCCCAAUCGCUACUACACCCUCUCUUCCCAAUUGGACGAAAUGCUGUCGCUUUCUCCACACCCAGAACACAACAGCAGCAGCUGGAAAAAUUGAAUCAUCGUCAUCAUCUUGGGUGGGUGGUAAAACAUUGAGUGCGGAAAUGCUAAGUGAUCAAUCAGAGACGGAUGACAACGACGACGAUACGAUGAAUGAGUUCUUGUCAAGAUUCGUUUGGAUAAUGCGUGGAAAGCUGAUGGAAGUGUAUCCUGAUUUUGACAAGAAAACAAUUGAUGGGAUGCUUUUGGUUAUUGUUGGAAAGGUUGUUUCCGAGCUGGAAAAUCAGGGUGGUGGUUUGGAUCAGAUAGUGGAAGGUGGUUCUGCUGCUUCUGGGGAUGGGGAUGGGGAUUUUAGUGAGGAUUUGUGGAAGACAGUGUGGGAGGUGAGCAGUGUAGUGUUGGAAGAUAUGGAGAAAGCGAAAAGGAAGGAGACAAUGAAGAGCUUUCUUCAAGCUGAGGAGGUAAAGGAGAUGUGUAGGUUUGCUGGUGAAGUUGGUAUACGUGGAGAGAUGCUUAGGGAGUAUAGGUUCAAAUGGGCACGUGAGAAGAUGGAGGAGACUGAGUUUUAUCACAGUCUUGAACGUCGUUUUAAGGAAGAGGAGGAACAAAAAGAAGCUGAAAAUGGUAUUGGGGUCGCCGUGGAGCAGCGCGAUGAGGAAGAGUCUAAAGUUGUGUCUCUUCCAAAAAGGCGUGGGAAGAUUAACUACAAGAUUUAUGGACUUGAUUUGUCGGACUCCAAAUGGUCUCAAGUGGCUGACAAGAUUCACGAGGCUGAGAAAAUCAUGUGGCCUCAAGAACCAAAACAAAUUGAUGGCAAGUGCAAAAUUGUUACCGACAAAAUUCUUUCUUCCCAAGAGGAAGAUGAUCUUUCUCCACUUAUAGCAGAAUGGGUACAACUUCUCCAACCUAGCAGGUUAGACUGGAUAAAUUUACUUGAUAGAUUGAAGGAACGAAAUGCUACUCUAUAUUUGAAGAUUGCAGAACACGUUCUUGGUGAAGAGUCCUUCCAAACAAAUAAACGUGACUACUCAAAACUCAUUGAUGCCCAUGCUAGAGAUAACCGGCCAGAAGAUGCUGAAAGAAUUAUCAAAAAGAUGAGUGAAAAUGGAAUAGUACCUGAUAUUCUCACAUCAAUAACCAUGCUUCACAUGUACAGCAAAGCAGGUGAUCUGGAUCGAGCAAAAGCUGCAUUUGAGAGUUUGAGAACCCAAGGAUUCCUACCAGAGGUGGGGGUUUACAAUUCCAUGAUCCUAGCCUAUGUAAAUUCUGGCAACCCAAAGUUGGGUGAAUCAUUGAUCAGGGAAAUGGAGGCAAGAGACAUCACACCCUCAAAGGAGAUCUUUAUGGCCCUCCUGAGGUCAUAUGUUCAGCAUGGUGAUGUUACUGGAGCCCAAAGAAUAGCAAAUACAAUGAUGCUUUUCAGAUUUCAGCACACUUUAGAGUCAUGUACGUUACUUGUUGAGGCAUAUGGAAAGGCUGGUGACCCUGAUCAUGCUAGGGGUUGGUUUGAUAGCGUGAUUAAUCUUGGACUCAAGCCAGAUGAUAGAUGCACUGCUAGCAUGAUAGCAGCUUAUGAGAAGAAGAACCUGCUGGAUGAUGCCUUAGAUCUUUUACUGAAGCUUGAGAAAGAUGGCUUUGAGCCUGGGGUGGCUACUUAUUCAGUUUUGGUGGAUUGGAUGGGUAAUAUGCAACUAAUUGAUGAAGCUGAACAGCUCUUGGGUAAAAUUGCUGAGCAGGGUGAGGCUCCUCCAUUUAAGGUUCAUAUUAGCCUAUGUGACAUGUAUGCAAGAGCUAAUGAUGAGAAAAAGGCUCUUCAAGCUCUUGGCAUUUUGGAGGCAAAACAGGAGCAGUUGGGACCAGAAGAAUUCGAGAGGAUUAUUCAGGCACUUAUAGCUGGUGGAUUUGUGCAAGAUGCUCUAAAGUUUCGAGGAUUGAUGGAAGCUCGGAGAUUUGCAGUAUCCGAGAAACUUAAAGUAGAACUCCAGGCGUCUCAAACUUUUCUUCGCAGGAGACCAUCUGUAAGAUGAUGUUGAUCCUUUGCAUACAAGGCGAGUUAGUGCUAUCUAUCUUGGAAGUUGGCUCAUGACAGUGCGUUUUAGUGAUCUGAAGCCUAUAAGAAUUAAUUGCCUCAUUGUGAUCCAGAAAUCACCAUUAGGUUGUCUCCAUAAAUUCAAAGCAGCGAGUUGAUUAUGGUUCCAGUUGCAUUUUACGAUCAUGCAGCCCAUGCCUUCUGACUAGUAGUUGUUCAUCGACACAGAAUAACUAAUAAGUUUUUGACUUAUAAAUGUCUUCUCUGUUGUCAGAUGCAUCAGUUGUGAUUGUUAUCAUGUUUGCAGCUCUUUCAUUUUUAAACCUUUUUUUGCAUAGCCUUGUUACUCCUGGGAGUUGAAUUGCCAUAUGAUUUUUAGAUUUAUUUCGAAAUAAACAUUAAAUGGACUGUGA